UUUGCGAUCGCUACCCCUUGCCCAUCUCCAGCUCGCGUUCGCGUCCAUCCUCGUUCGACCAUCAGGCAUCGUUUAAUUUCGACAAGCGUAUCAUCUUCCAGGGCUUUCAAGGAGAUACCAUCGCCCUCGAGGUCUUCGCCAACAGCUGGCUCGAUUCUAUCCUUGCACUUCCGGCGAUACCUGCAUACGAUCCAGAUGUCGGAACCAGCACAAACGUUUUCCGAAUAUCUGAGCCAGAGUAAGAAGCGUUACCUCAGUGACGUAGAAGGAGGGAAAGGAGAUAGAUGGACAGUUGUGAUGGGGAACGAGGCAGGCGAUCUCGAUACCCUCGCAAGCUCGCUCAGUUAUGCAUGGCUUCACUCCACUCAAUCGAGCAACAAGGAGGACGCUAUCGCGCUCGUGCGCAUACCCAAGGAAGACUUUCACCUUCGCGCAGAGAACACCUACGCUCUCGGUCUUGCUCGGAUACGCGAGCCGUAUGACGAGCUGCUGAAGAUGGAUGACCUACGUGACAUUAUCUCAAGGCAAGGCAAGUUCCCGUCGAACAACUUCGCGCUGGUCGACCACAACGCUCUACAUCCUUCCUUCGCCCAAACCUCACCCUCGUCCUUCGGCGUAGUCUCCAUCAUCGACCAUCACGCCGACGAGGGCAAGCACACUGACGCGAGUCGGCGUGUAAUUAACCAAUCAACAGGCAGCUGCGCCUCACUCGUCGCCGCCGAGAUCCCUCCCCCACUCAUGGCUCAGCUUCCGCGUGAGCUCGCGGAUCUGCUCUUGUGCGCCAUCCUCGUUGACACGAACGGUCUUCGCGCGAAGAGCAAGACGGGCGACAAGGACCGCGCCGCUGUGCAGCGUCUCUCACCCUUGUCCUCGCUCUCCACGCAGAAUGUUGCUUCGCUCGCGUUACCCGACGGGGAGUCUGAUGGCGCACAGGACCCGCUCGCGCAGCUCUCUGAUAUCCUUGCAGAGCGGAAAGCAUCAGUAGCGCACUUGUCGUCGCGCGAUCUGCUCAAGCGAGACUACAAGGCAUACGACUACGUGGUCUCUCCGUCUCUUCUCGCCUCCUCUGCCUCACAUUCCCGGUCGCAGACCCUCCCUAUCACCAUUCGCGCCGGCCUUGCUACUGUACCUCUCGACCUGCGAACGUGGGUCCCUUCCGCACCCGACUUCUUCACCUCCGUUCGCUCGUAUAUGGACGAACACGGACUGUCUAUCCUCGGCAUACUUACGUCUUUCACGUCUAAGAAGGGGAAGCACAAGCGCCAGAUUCUUCUCGCUAUCUCUCCUCCCCCGUCUAGCACACCUCUGUCGUCGACGGCUAACGGAGCAGUAGACAUUGACUGGGCACGCCUUUCCGAUGCUGUUUUCAAGGGUCUCGAGCACUCCUCGCACGGGCUUGAGCUCGAGACGAAGCACAAGCUCGACAAUAUCUGUGGUCAGAAGGCGCUCGACAAGGCGCUAGGGAGAGAGGCUGGCAAGGAGGCGCAUGGUGGGAGACCGGUGUUCGUUAAAGUGUGGAAGCAGGGUAAUGUGAAGGCGACGCGGAAGCAGUCUGCGCCCGCGUUGAGGAGGGUUGUCGAGGGCGAGGAGAAGAACUGACGGGUAGCUGGAUUAAAUGUUGCAAGUAAAUAGAUAUCACGAUGGCGUAUCUACGUGAGCAUGAAACGCACUGUCAAUCCUAUUACACGAGUAAG